AUGCCGUCUUCCGCGCCCUCCCUAGCCACUAUAAUCCUCAUAUCCGCCGUAGCAGUCGCUCUCCUCGCACUCCAAUGGAACUACAACGCUCAAUGCGCAUCCCCAAGCGCGCCGCCAGACGCCGAGACCACGCAUUCGGGAUACUUUGAUUACGAGUGCGCGGGUAAACCGCACCAUUCGAGCUGGAGCAGCUGGUGGCAUCCACAGCGAAAAACAUGGAGCGGAGUGGAAUCCAGCCAUAGCCAUGGAAGAGGCGCGGGCGCUGUCACAAAGGAUUGGAAUAUCCUAUACCAUUUAGGAGGUAAUGGGCCAUGGGUGGAGAAGGUGGUGGAUAUAGUGGAGGGAGGCAUUGCAGUGCCAGAGGGUUGCGAGGUCGAGCAGGUGCAUAUGAUGGCUCGACAUGCCGAGCGGUACCCUACGGUUCGAGUAGCCAAGAGGAUUCAGAUGCUCGUGGAGAGGAUGAAGCAAAGCGGAAUCCCUUUUACAGGCGAUCUUACGUUCGUCAAUGACUGGGAGCUCUUUUGGUCAGACGACUCCCAAAUCGAACAACUCACCGCCACGGGCCCCUUCAGCGGCACCCUCGGCUCUUUCACGACCGGCGUGCGCCUCCGAACCCGAUACGCACACCUCCUCACGCGCGCCUUUUCGCUCCCCUCCAAACUGAAAUUCUGGGCCAGCGACUCCCCACGCGUCAUCGACACUGCCCGCUAUUUCGGCACCGGCUUCUUCGGCCUCGACUGGGCCAACACCACACGUCUCGAAAUAAUAUCCGAGCACUCGUCUCUCGGCGCCAAUACGCUUACCCCAGGCGACACAUGUCUCGCCUAUGUCGAAGACGAGGAGGAGGGGCAUGACAAGGGGUACACGAUGUUAGAUCGCUACCGCGCUACGUACCUAGGCGCAAUCCGCAUACGCCUCCUUAAGCAGAACCCCGAAAUCGAAUUCACAGACGACGAGAUCUACGCCAUGCAAGAAAUGUGCGGCUUCGAGACGACAGUGCGGGGAAGCAGUCACUGGUGCGAUGUGUUUACUCAAGACGAGUUUCGCAGCUUCGAGUAUGCGAGGGAUUUGCUGCAUUACUAUCGCGCGGGGCCGGGGACCAAGUAUGGCGCUGUUAUGGGGUGGUUGUGGUUGAAUGCGACGACGAAUCUGCUGCUAGAAGGACAGCGCGCCGGCCCUUUAUUCUUCAGCUUUGUGCAUGACGGCGAUAUAGCACCUAUGAUCACGGCGCUCGAUAUUAUCAAUGAUGAGGAGCAUCUUCCUAUUACGCAUAUCCCGGCGAAUCGCAAGUGGAGGAAAUCGCAGGUCUCUCCUAUGGGUGGGCGGACCAUCUUCGAGCUCCUCUCGUGCAAAUCUAGCGAUGGGACUACGGACCCAAGGAAGUACGUGAGGAUCAACAUCAACGACGGCAUUACGGCUAUUCCGAGCUGCGAUAGUGGUCCGGGGAGGAGUUGCCCGCUAGAAGAAUUCGCGGCUAGAACGAAGAGAAAAGGUGAAGAGGUUGGAGAUUUCAGAGAGAAGUGCGGAUUGGGUGAGGAUGCUGCGGAUAGAAUUACCUUCUUGCGGCAGUGAGGGUUGUGUGCUUGGCUAGACUCUGGAAAUACUAGGUAGUCAACAAAACGUAACUUAACAUUACAUCCUCCAAAGGUGCCACGACCGAUCCUUAACCUCUCAAAAUAAAAACCAUAAUCUAUACAGUAUCAAACCCUUACACCACAACAACCUUGUCAUUAAACCGCCAACUUCUUCCGCAAACCGUCCAUCAAAGCAUUCAAUACCCAUACUUCUCCAGCUCCGCCUCCGUCCACUCCCACAGCUUCUUCGCCAACCCC